CAAGCUGAUACUUUAUUUCUGGGGACUCCAUUUGCAACAGCUGCAAAAUGGAUAGUCACGGUCAUUCGACAACAGAAACAGAGGAUGAUGUUUAUGUGAAUACAGAGGAGUGGCAUCCAAAGUCCAAAAAAUGUCCAGAUGCCUCUGAGCAAACUGAGUUGAAAGGCAACAUGAAAACAGUUAAGCUCUUCAUAUCUGUUUUUGGCCUCCUUGUAAUACUUGGUGCUUUAUCAACACUCUGUGCUGUAGGAGUCUUGUAUUACAAUAAAGUGCUGUCAUAUAAGUCAUUAAGUGAGAAGUAUGCUAAUGUUACAGCAACAUUGAUGAUGCAAGAGAACAACACCAAGGCAAAUCAAAACAGACAAUGUAAGGAUGAAUGGAAGUCUCUUGGGUUAAAGUGUUACUACUUCUCCACUGAGAAACUGAACUGGGCGAAGAGUAAAGAUUACUGCGUGGAGAAAGGAGGACACCUGGUAAUUAUAACCAGCCAAGCCGAACAGAGUUCUGUAUCUUCACAAAUUAAAAAAUCACACUGGAUUGGCCUGAAUGACUUGGAAACUGAAGGAAAAUGGAUGUGGGUGAACAAUCAGCCCUUAAAGAAUACAGAUGUAAAGUUCUGGUACAUUUCACCAAAGGGAUUAAAUGAGCCUGAUAACUGGAAAAAAGAGGACCCUUCUGGAGAGAACUGUGCUGCUCUGGGGCACGAGAAUGGUUCCUUUCACAAAUGGUUUGAUGCUUCUUGUCGUAAACUAAAACUAUUCAUUUGUGAAAAGUAAAGAGCCACUUGUUACUUGCAUCUGCGUGUCCAAAAACUGUUUAAUGAAAGGAUCAUUUUGGUUGUGCCAUGGAUUAAAACCAUUUUGUUGGAUUUCCCACAAUAGUCAAUGUAAAAUUUACCUUUUUUUGAGUUUUACAUUUUUUUUUAUGAAUUUCCAGUGUUUAUUUUAUUAAAGAUAAAUACAAGUUGACUAUACAAUUAUGACCUUAACGAUGUUUAAUGACUUUAUGGAUCAAAAGAUGCACAUCUGAUCUGUUGAGUAUUGAGAGAUAAAUUCUUUGAAUAAUGUUCUGUGUAUCACAUUUAAAAAUGGUUCUAAGAUUUUAAAACAAGUAUAACAUUUAUAUAUGCAGACAUCAUUAUCUACAAAACCAUAUUGAUAACUAAAUAUCCUGAAUAAAUCUUAAUUUCUUUCUUAUUAUAUUUUAAAAUAGAUAAAUAUACAGCUGGAGACAAAUUGAAGGAAAAUCUUACCCCC